CUGCUGCUGCUGCUGCCGCCGCCGCCGCCGUCCGCUCUACGGUGCCUGUUGCUGCAACCGCCACAGGACCGGCAGUGUCCUCAGCCUGGAGAAGAGGCGCCAGAUCUGCGGAGCUGUACCCUCCCAGCACCCGGCGGCGGCGGGAAGAGCGCAGCCGGCUGGGGACGAUGGAUGCCCCGCCCGCUCAGGCCGUCCCCACCGUGCCCCCGAGCACCUGCGUGCCGCGGCCCGGCCCUGGGCUCUGAGCGCGCAGCGGCACAGGAUUCCACAUCUGAAGCGUGUCACAUAGAUUGCUUCGUCUAAAAUAGGAGAACAGAGGCAAGGUUGGGCUGUCUCCAGGUCUUUUCCUAAGAUGGAACCAAUAACAUUCACAGCAAAGAAACCUAUGUUUCCUAAUGAGAUCUCGGUGGACUUUGGCCUUCAGCUGGUGGGCUCUUUGCCCGUGCAUUCUCUGACCACCAUGCCCAUGCUGCCUUGGGUUGUGGCUGAGGUACGGAGACUGAGCGGGCAGUCCUCCAAAAAGGAGCCAGCUACCAGGCAGGUCCGACUUUGGGUUUCACCCUCCGGACUGAAAUGCGAACCUGAACCUGGGAAGAGUCAGCAGUGGGAUCCGUUGAUCUGCUCCAGCAUCUUCGAGUGCAAGCCUCAGCAUGUUCACAAACUGAUUCACAACAGCCAUGACCCAAGUUACUUUGCGUGUCUGAUUAGGGAAGAUGCCGCCCACCGGCAGAGUAUCUGUUAUGUCUUCAAGGCCGAUGAUCAAACAAAAGUGCCCGAGAUCAUCAGCUCCAUCCGCCAGGCUGGGAAGAUCGCCCGCCAAGAGGAGCUGCGCUGCCCCUCGGAGUUUGACGACACGUUUGCCAAGAAGUUUGAGGUGCUCUUCUGCGGCCGCGUGACAGUGGCUCACAAGAAGGCCCCCCCAGCGCUGAUUGACGAGUGCAUCGAGAAGUUCAACCACGUCAGCUGCAACCAGCGGGCAGACUGGGACCGGGCACCAGAGCCCCGUAGGCCCAUGCGCAAGUCCUUCUCCCAGCCCGGCCUGCGCUCUCUGGCCUUCAGGAAGGAGUUUCAGGAUGCCAGCCUCCGAAGCGGCAGUUUCUUCAGUUCUUUUGAGGAAAAUGACAUUGAGAACCACCUGAUUAGUGGACACAAUAUUGUGCAGCCAACAGAUAUUGAGGAAAAUCGAACUAUGCUCUUCACGAUUGGCCAGUCUGAAGUUUACCUCAUCAGUCCUGACACCAAAAAAAUAGCACUGGAGAAAAAUUUUAAGGAGAUAUCCUUUUGCUCUCAGGGCAUCAGACACGUGGACCACUUUGGGUUUAUCUGCCGGGAGUCUUCGGGAGGUGGUGGCUUCCAUUUCGUCUGUUAUGUGUUCCAGUGCACAAAUGAAGCUCUGGUUGAUGAAAUCAUGAUGACCCUGAAACAGGCUUUCACGGUGGCUGCAGUGCAGCAGACGGCAAAAGCGCCAGCCCAGCUGUGUGAGGGCUGCCCCUUGCAGGCCCUGCACAAGCUCUGUGAGAGGAUAGAGGGAAUGAAUUCUUCCAAAACCAAACUAGAACUCCAAAAACACCUGACAACAUUAACUAAUCAGGAACAGGCAACUAUUUUUGAGGAGGUUCAGAAAUUGAGACCAAGGAGUGAGCAGCGAGAGAAUGAAUUGAUCAUUUCUUUUUUGAGAUGUUUGUAUGAAGAGAAGCAGAAAGAACAUAUCCACGUCGGGGAGAUGAAGCAGGCAUCACAGAUUGCAGCAGAAAAUAUUGGAAGUGAAUUGCCAGCCAGUGCCACUCGAUUUAGGCUAGAUAUGCUGAAAAAUAAAGCAAAGAGAUCUUUAACAGAGUCUUUAGAAAGUAUUUUGUCCCGGGGUAAUAAAGCCAAAGGCCUGCAGGAACACUCUACCAGUGUGGAUCUGGACAGCUCUGUGUCUAGCACAUUAAGUAACAUCAGCAAAGAGCCGUCUGUGGGUGACAAGGAGGCCUUGCCCAUCUCUGAGAGUUCCUUCAAGCUCCUUGGCUCUUCGGAUGACUUGUCCAGUGACUCGGAGGGCCAUUUCACAGAAGAGCCUGCUUCGCUUUCCCCCCAGCAGACCUUCAGGAGGCGAGCAAACACCCUGAGUCAUUUCCCCGUGGGAUGCCCAGAACUUCCAGAGCCCACUCAGGGCUCUCCAGGGGUCUCUCAGAGAAAACUUAUGAGGUAUCACUCAGUGAGCACAGAGACGCCUCACGAACGAAAGGACCUUGAAUCCAAAGCAAACCACGUUGGUGACUCUGGUGGGACCCCAGUGAAGACCCGGCGGCACUCAUGGAGGCAGCAGAUAUUCCUGCGUGUGGCCACCCCACAGAAGGCAUGCGACUCCCCUGGCAGAUACGAGGAUUAUUCAGAGCUGGGAGAGCUUCCCCCACGGUCUCCUUUAGAACCAGUAUGUGAAGAUGGACCCUUUGGCCCUGUACCAGAGGAAAAGAAGAAGACAUCACGGGAGCUUCGUGAGCUGUGGAAAAAGGCUAUUCUGCAACAGAUACUGCUUCUCAGAAUGGAGAAGGAAAAUCAGAAGCUACAAGCCUCUGAGAAUGACUUGCUGAACAAGCGCCUGAAGCUCGAUUAUGAAGAAAUCACUCCUUGUCUUAAAGAAGUAACUACAGUGUGGGAAAAGAUGCUUAGCACUCCAGGAAGAUCAAAAAUUAAGUUUGAUAUGGAAAAAAUGCACUCGGCAGUUGGACAAGGUGUGCCUCGUCAUCACCGGGGUGAAAUCUGGAAAUUUCUAGCAGAGCAGUUCCACCUUAAACAUCCGUUUCCCAGUAAACAGCAGCCAAAGGAUGUGCCCUACAAAGAGCUCCUAAAGCAGCUAACCUCCCAGCAGCACGCCAUUCUUAUUGACCUCGGGCGAACCUUUCCAACACAUCCGUAUUUCUCUGCCCAGCUCGGAGCAGGGCAGCUGUCACUUUACAACAUUUUGAAGGCCUACUCACUUCUAGACCAGGAAGUAGGAUACUGCCAAGGCCUCAGCUUUGUGGCAGGCAUUUUGCUUCUUCAUAUGAGUGAGGAAGAGGCGUUUAAAAUGCUCAAGUUUUUGAUGUUUGACAUGGGACUGCGGAAGCAAUACCGGCCAGACAUGAUAAUUUUACAGAUCCAGAUGUACCAGCUGUCGCGGCUUCUCCACGACUACCACAGAGACCUCUAUGAUCACCUGGAGGAGCACGAGAUCGGCCCCAGUCUCUAUGCUGCACCCUGGUUCCUCACCGUGUUCGCCUCGCAGUUCCCACUGGGCUUCGUAGCCAGAGUCUUUGAUAUGAUCUUUCUUCAGGGGUCAGAGGUCAUAUUUAAAGUGGCUCUGAGUCUUUUGGGAAGCCAUAAGCCCUUGAUUCUGCAGCAUGAAAACUUAGAAACCAUAGUGGACUUUAUCAAAAACACACUACCUAACUUGGGCUUGGUACAAAUGGAGAAGACCAUCAAUCAGGUGUUUGAGAUGGACAUCGCUAAACAGUUACAGGCUUAUGAAGUUGAGUACCAUGUACUUCAAGAAGAACUUAUUGAUUCCUCUCCUCUCAGUGACAACCAAAGAAUGGAUAAAUUAGAGAAAACCAACAGCAGCUUACGCAAACAGAACCUUGACCUCCUUGAGCAAUUGCAGAUGGCAAAUGGUAGGAUCCAGAGCCUCGAAGCCACAGUAGAGAAGCUCCUGACCAGUGAGAGCAAGCUGAAGCAGGCCAUGUUGGCUCUGGAGCUGGAGAGGUCCGCCCUGCUUCAGGUGGUGGAGGAGCUGCGGAGGCAACCUGCAGAGCCAGGCACUAGGGAGCCAGACUGCACCCAGCCCGAGGCCUCGGGGGACUAAUGGUUCCGGAGAAAUUGUACACUAUCCCAACACUGUCCAGGCCUUAACUAGGAGAGACAGAAGAUGCUGGAGGGAGAAAACAAAGCGUGAAGCAAACUUCUCAGGGAGGAAACUGGCUUGCCAACAUGCAGAUUCUUUUGAGCUCAAACUUGCAAUAUAGAGGGCCCACGUCCCAGUUUUUUUUAUUGUUUUAGGUUGUGAUUUGUCCCUUCUCCAGCUUUAUUACUGUACUCAGUAGCUUUAGAUGGCAUGGACGUGAAUAAACGCACCUUUACUUUUCCUGGUUAUUUCCUCUUUGAGUAGCACUAUGUUGUAAAGAGCAUUUGUAAUACUGGGUUCCAGAAGCAGGAGAGGCUCAAAGAUGAUUCCUCAGGCAAAGUGUGAGUCUGUUAUUCAAGAGAGGGUUUGCAUGACCACACCAGUGAGGUACAGAUGGCCCUUGUCUAUUCUUAUUAUGGAAACCUAAGAUGACCCUGGGGAAGGACUGAAAUUGAUUUAUUUAAAUUGGACAUCUUGAUCACUUUUAAGAAAACCUGGCUACUAUCCUUGGUAUUUAAGGAAGUUUGUCUUUUUAAAGAAAUUGAGUGUUUCCAUACAAAUUUGCUGGUCUUUUAAGUGUGGUUGAUCAAAGUCAUGGUAGAUAAUAUUUUCAGGGAGAUCACCAGUGUUUAGACUCCAGCUGUGUGGCUGGCAUGUGGCCCGCAGUGGUGCAGCCCGAGGUGUUUGCUUUUUGUGGAGGCUGCAUUUCAUACUAUGGAGUCAUGUAUUUGUCCUUUCCUAUUGUAUGAUGUAUUGCAGCCAUGUGUUCCUUGGAGUCAUGUCUUUUUGAACUCUUUUGAGUUCUUUCCACCCCUUGGAUAUCUAGUUCCUUGCAGAAAGACAGGGCACAUUGAGAUUUUUAGAGGUGUCCAAGAUUCUGGGACUUUAAAAAAAAAAAAAAAACGAUGGGUCUGAACUUGCAAUCAGAUGUAUGGCAGCUGACAGUUUUCCAGAGGUAGAACAUGUGUUUUGAACAGAAUUCAGAACCCAGCAGCAACGCCCUCCCUCAGGAUGAUGAGGACCCGUGCCUUCAAGCAAAAUGCUGCUCAUAGCUGCCCUGGUUUCAGCUGGUCACUGUGUACGGCCCCUCCCCUGUGCUCUCAGAAUGGGUUGUUUUCUUACAAAGAAUUAGAGAAGAACUGUGCGGGCACAGCUCACUUCCCUGACAGCAGAAUCAUUUCUGGUCUGUCUUAUGUUUCUUGGGAGUUUCUUUUGACUCUCGUGGUGGUGGAGUCUCUUUUAAGUCCCGGAUGAAAGGAGGGAUUGCUAUAGUUGGAGUCGUUUGAAUCUCCUGGCCAUUUCAAAGGGAGACCAAAAUGCUGUUCCCUGUGCCUGAAUGGUUGGUUGGCAUUUGAGAUUCCUUUCUGUUCCCCUGGAUCAGAGAAUAGUGGUUCUCAUGUUCCUUUGAGUCAUGGUUUACCAAGAUGACACAGUAAAGUCUAGAAGCUGCUAUCCCAAGUGGUUCCACUGGAUAGCUCGGAGGAACGAGAGCUUCUUUCCACAUCAUAUUUUACUAUUUGAAUGUUUCAUAAUGUUGAAUUUUGGACAUCUUACUACCCUUAUUCAAAAAUAUUGACUCUGCAUUAAGAAAUAAGAAAGCAAUAAAACAAUAAAUAACCUA